AUGUCCCCUGUUGACACUUGCUCCUGGCAACACCCUCUUUUGUCCCCUGCCUCUUCCACGACAGCCUCUUCUCACGACACCAAUGUGGUCAGCCUCCACGAGCGGUUUGCACAGCUUAACCCAGCAUCGCAACCGAUUUGGCACCCGGUCCUGGAGAUUGUGAUGCCUCUUUCAGGUUCGAUGCGCCCCGCAACGGAACCGGAGUCACUGUUGAGACGUGCUUCACUUGGCGUGGCACAAAGCCAGAAUCUGACUAACUAUUGUACUGUCGCUGUACUUCCGUUGAGUCGUCUGGCGAGCCCACAUCCAUUGGAGGCCCUUGGCCCCGUCUGGCGGGCAGGUUUGCCAGGAUCCGGCUCUCGUCAUCGCUCAGUGGCACUGCCCUGCACGAAGGUGAAAGAUAGAGAGCUACUUACUAUACUCUACUGUACCAACCGAGCAUCACGAAAUGGCUCACAAUGUGGCUAG